UGCAGUGCAAAACUUUGUAUUGAAGGCAAUAUGGCUCGAGAUCGAGGCCUCCGAUUCGUAACCCUCAUAUCCAUAGUUUUUUGUAUUUCGAUCAUCGACACUGGUCGAGUGGAGGCGAGAGGAGCUUGCCACUAUUUCAGUGUAGUAGCGCGAAACUGGACCGGUGCAUUAAACAUAUGCAUGGGAAUGAGCAUGUGCCUGGCAGACUUUGAUACACCCAAACACUUUGAAAUUCUGAACUCCCUCAGUGUAAGUCACUCGGAGUACUGGUUUGGCUUGAACAAACAUUUCCAGCCGAAAUGGUCAUACGUGACAAAUAAGUUCAAGAAGCCCUCCUUGCCAGCCGCACAUAAUUUGAACGCAGACCAUCACUGUGGCCUUGUCAAGGCUGGGAGAGAGAAAACCUUCACUGUCCGCUCUGACGACUGUGGGGAAACGAAGAUGUUUGUCUGCGCGGAAUCUGUGUUCUGCAAGCAGAAGCGAGAGUUCAGCAGAUAUUCGAGUGGCUACAAUUCGUUGCCGAUGCCUGAACCACGACGGCACGGCACUGGCUGCGGUAGAUAAACCAGAUCUAGUUUCUAGUACACAUGUAGACAGCAAUUCGUAAUUCGCGGGAUAUCAAUAAACAAAAUGCAUGAAGCGGUUACAUUUCUAA